AGGUGAGGAAGCCUCCAAACUGGUGAGUGCUAGAAUAUAGAGCAAUCCUGGACUCUUCCGACUCUUUUCUUCUCCAGCUCAGUCUUCCCUGUACUCAGCCUCUCCUCAAAAAGGAUGCACAGAGGAGGAAGGGUUGGUUCAUGGCUUCCUGACAAGCUGGUUACCGGAUUUGGUGACCUUCGAGGAUGUGGCCGUGGAGUUCACACAGGAGGAGUGGGCACUGCUGGACCCUUCUCAAAGAACACUGUACAGAGACGUGAUGCGGGAGAACUGCAGGAACCUGGCAUCGCUGGGGUAUCAUAUUGGUAAACCCAGUCUGAUCUCCCAUUUGGAGCAAGAAGACAAAGUGAUGACAGAGGAGCGAGGAAUUCUUCCAGGCACCUGUCCAGAUUUGGAGACUGUACUUAAAGCCAAAUGGUUAACUCCUAAGAAGCAUGAUUUUAGAAAAGAACAUUCCAAUGGUAUAAAAGCGGAAAGAAAUCAUCUUGGAGUGAAACUCAACGAAUGUAAUCAGUGCUUUAAAGUCUUCAGCACAAAAUCUAACCUCACUCAGCACAAGAGAAUUCAUACUGGAGAAAAACCCUAUGACUGUAAUCAGUGUGGCAAAUCCUUUAGCAGUAGAUCUUACCUUACUAUUCAUAAGAGAAUACAUAAUGGGGAGAAACCCUAUGAAUGCAAUGACUGUGGGAAAGCCUUCAAUGAUCCCUCAUCCCUUAGACUGCACGUGAGAAUUCACACUGGAGAAAAACCCUAUGAAUGUAAUCAGUGUUUUCAUGUUUUUCGCACUAGUUGUAACCUCAAAAGCCACAAGAGAAUUCAUACGAGAGAGAAUCACCAUGAAUGUAAUCAGUGUGGCAAGGCCUUCAGCACGAGGUCCUCCCUUACUGGGCACAAUAGUAUUCAUACAGGGGAGAAACCUUAUGAGUGCCACGACUGUGGGAAAGCCUUUAGGAAGAGCUCAUAUCUGACACAGCACAUGAGAACUCAUACUGGAGAAAAACCCUACGAGUGUAAUCAGUGUGGAAAAUCCUUUAGCAGUAGCUUUUCUCUUACUGUGCACAAGAGAAUUCAUACUGGAGAGAAACCCUAUGAAUGCAGUAACUGUGGGAAAGCAUUUAAUAAUCUCUCAGCUGUUAAGAAACACGUGAGAACUCACACUGGAGAAAAACCCUACGAAUGUAAUCAUUGUGGAAAAUCUUUCACCACUAACUCUUACCUUUCUGUGCACAAGAGAAUUCAUAAUAGGUGGAUAUGAAUACAAUAACUGGGAAAGCAGUCAUUGAUUUCUUAAUUCUCAGACAACUGAUGGUAACUCACUGGAUGUAUGAGUUAUCUGUUGCUCCAUAACAAAUUUCCCUCCAAACCAUAGUGGCUUCAGACAACGUACAUUAAUUAUCUCACAGUUUCUGUAGGUCAGGAAUUUGGAAGCAGCUUAGCUGUGUAGUUCUGGCUCAGGAUCUGUCAUGAAGUGAGGUCAAGAAGUCAGUUGGAGCAACACUCAUCUGAGGCUUUACUGCUGAAGAAUCUACUUCCAAAGUGGAUCACUCACAUGUCUGGCAGGUUAAUGCCAGUUGUUGGCAGGGAACCUUCAUUACCUCACUCUCCACAGGGCUAAGUAUCUUUAUGAUGUAGCAGCAGGUUCCUCCCAAAGCAUUUGAUCUGUGGGAGAGCUAACGCACAAGCCACAUUGUCUUUUUCAACGUAGCCUCAGAAGGACAUAUGAUCACUUCUUGCAGACUGUAUUGCUCACACAAUGUGGAAAGAAACUAUACAGGGUAUGUAUAGUAGGAGACAGAUCGUAAGGAACCAUCUGAGAAGCUUGCCAUUCUCAUUCUUUCAGUCUGUUCUAUAUGAAGGAGCCUUCGCCAACUCAUGUUAAUUCACUCUGGAGAGAAACCGCAAGCGUGCAGUCUUUGUGGUAAGCUUUCAACUCAGACUCACCCUAAUGUGCACAAAAGAUUACUUCCGGGGAGAAACCUGAGGAAUGCGGUAGCUGUAGGAAAGCCUUCGUGAUAUUUCUAGGGAGUCACAUGACAGUUCACACUGAGGAGAAAACCUUAUGAAUAUCAUCAGAGUGCAAAAGCCUUCAGGGACACCCAUCCCUGAGAGCACAUGUAAGAAAUCACUACAGAGGAAUAUUCACAGAAAGAAGGUGGAAAACCCUUCAGCACAAGUGUUUGCAUUACUGAGCAAAAGAUGGGGAGAUAAUCUGAACACAAUUGCUGUGGGAAAGCCUUGAAUGUUCUCUCAGUUUCUAAGAAGCAUGAGGAUUUAUCCCGGAGAGAAGGUCCUGUUGAAUGUCAUCAGUCCCGGAAAGUCAUUUUUCCACAUUCCUUAGGAAACUGAGAAUUCACUGCAGACACUCAUGAAUAUAAAGACUGAGGGAAUGCCUUGAAUAAUACCUCGUACAGUAGGAAAAAUACGAAGUUUUCUCUGGAUGCAAAACUUGUCAGUGUAUUAAUUUGGAAAAAUCUUGCAGUGAUUCUUUGUUGAUUUGUGAGAACUUACAUUGGAGGCAGACCCUAGAGAAGUAGUCAGUAUGAGGAUGCCUCAGCUCUUUACUGAGUGGCCACAAAAUAAACUAGGAACCGAAAGAAUAAAUAGUGAGUGUGGGAUUACCUUUAUCAAUGUCUCAUCCUAAGAUUGGGCCACUAGUACGUUAGCUUUCAGUCUUUUUGUUUUAGUAUAAACACAUAUCUAUAGCCGUACCCAAAAAUAAACCUUAAGUUAUGUCCCAUAGUUUUGUAUGUAAUAUGUUUGCUAUAAUUUACUCUUUUAAAACGUCAGUACGUAGCAUAUCCAGAAAGGCAUUUCUGAUUAUCUCCUGAGUGAAUUUGUUUAUUGUAGUGGAAACUAGAUUCUAUUUACAAUAUACUUUUUCUAGUUUAAUGGCAUCUUUGUCAGGUAAGUGGAUUUAUGAUGCUGAUUCUUUUUUAUCUUUCUACCCUAGUAUGGCAUUUUGUUCAGCUUCUUUCCCAAUGUCCAUUCUCCCCUACUUAUUUACUUUUUAAAAAUGUUUUUGUUGUUGUUCAAGUUGUCAAUGAGUAGGAUUGAAAAUACUCAAUCUGCAAGGCUUCUUUGAAGCUCAGAGGGCUAUUGCCUUACUCUGCUGACCAUGAGAAGUAGGUAGAAGUCCCUGGGGAGAAGAACGUCAUCUGACUUGUUUGCCUCACCUAUAUCCUGUUCGUCUUACCCGUUCUUUCUCUUGAAAGUGGACUCAAGGCCAAGAGUUGGAAGAGCUCUGUUUUGAUCAUGAUGACAGAAACCAUAGGGCAGCAAAAAAUCACAAUGAUAUGGGCUCCCCCAAAACUUCUGAUUGGUGGAAUCAGCUCUGGACUGCUUGUUCCCAGACUUGUCCUAUAUGAUUAAAAGUAACCUCUAACUGGUUGAAGCCAAAGUCUUUUUUUUUUUUUUUGGUUUGUUUUUGAGGUGGUAUUCUGUUCAUGUCCAGCUGAAUGCAAUAUCUAACUAGUAAACCUAUUUGUUGGUCACAUUUUUUAAGUGUUUCAUGUUUCUUUGAAAAUAAUGUAUAUUCUCUAAGUUUUAGAUGUAGAGUAUAUGCCCAUUAACUCAAGCUAAUUGUGUUUUCAGAUGUAGUAUGUACAUUGAGAUUUUUGUCCUCAAAUUUAUUUAGUGGUAGAUAUGUAUUAAAGUCUUCUGCUAUGGAUAU